UCUGUGGGUGAGGAAUAAACUAUUCUAGUCAUCAUGCGUUUAGUUUGGAACACCAUUAUCACAAACCACAGGUUUUACAGAUGAUUUUCACGUAACCAAGGCAGCUGCUGAUGCUUGACAAUGUCUCUUUCAAGAAUCUCAGUCUUCCUGGUGUUUUAUUUCAUUCUCGGGUUUGCUACUGCUCGUAACCUUGAAUUUACGACGUUUUUUGACGACGAAUCUUGCUUUGAUGAUGAAUAUUUUGAUCAUAUGAGUCUUCAGUGUACAGCUUGUCCCGCUAAUCAAACUGCCGUGGAGGAUCCAUACACUUGUACAUGUGUACCUGGCUUCAAGGUUGUAGGUGAUGGACCUGACCUUAAAUGUGAACCUUGUCCUCCUUUACAAGUGACCUCCAGUGAUAAGAGAAGCUGUGUGCCUUGCUAUGAAUCCUUUUCCUUUAAUGACACGCUCAAGGAAUGCCAGCCAUGCUCUGAGUCUUACAUUAUAACCGAUAAAUCACUAAAUGGUACAAGUUUGGGUAGUAUGGAGUGUAUAGAAUGUACUAAUGAUACUGUUCCAGGUGAUCGAGUGUGUGUUCCGUGUCACACGUCCUUUUAUGCUGCUAGCGGUGGCUCGUGCAUGUGCCCCAAUACUCACGUUCAGCUUGGCGGCAUUUGUACGCCAUUGUCAGAUCUUGCAAAAAUCCCUGAUAAAAAGAGCUGCUACACUGUUAAAUAUGAGAAUGGGGAAAGUGUGCAGUCUUUAUUCUUUGAGAAAAACUAUAGAGUGGCUGCUCACUCUUGUGCCUUCAGUCAGAAUAAAUCAGCCUGUCAACUUUUGAGCAAUAUGUGCGUUCUUUUGCAUUAUGAUUUCAGUGAUGAAUUUAAUGCCUGUGAAUAUUAUAGAGAAAAAUUUGGAGACAAUUUUGUUAAUUUGCCUGAUUUUGUCCCAUGGUUAUAUUAUACUGAAGGAGAAGCAAAUGUGUAUCUUACUAAGAGUAGAUUAAAGACCCACUACAGCUUUAACAAAGAUAAUCCAAAUUCAAAGUUUAACUUUACCAUUGCAAAAUACUCUGCUGAAGGUCACUUUCUCAAGUAUGGAUUAUUAGAGGAUGUGUUAACUUUGUGCCCUUUAAUAGACUUUCAACUUCAUGCUGCUGUUCAAUUUGGAACAACAUUUUCUCAAAGUUGCUCCAUAAAUGUGAAAGAUUUAUGGAAUAAGUAUGCUACUGAGUUCUAUGAUGUAUUUUUACAAUAUUAUGAUGAUGAAGAACAUAUGAUUUAUGCCAUUCCAGUUCUUAAUAGAAACUAUAAAGAAGAUGACUCUUUAGUGAAUCGGCAGGAUCAGAAAAAGUGGCAGCUUACAAGGCGGUUUUUUCUGUUUGAUAACAUAAGUGGAAAAGAGAGCCUCUCUCCAAAUACUAAGGAUAAAAAGAAAAGAGCCAGAGUAGUUCGAUAUGCUCAGAGCAUUGAAAUAAUUGUCCAACUCCGUGAAGGGGAGGGAGACGGCUUAAUUUAUCCACCUCUGAUUAAAAUAACAUAUGGUGAAAUUGGAGAUGAGGAUUAUGAGUCCAAUAAAAUGGUGGAGACCAAUCUAAAAGUAUUGUAUACCAUGAAUUUUUCAAAAAUCCGUGAGGAUAUAUCUAUAGCUGUGGGUGUUGUGAGUGCCUUUGCUACUGUAUGGUCGCUGAUAGGAGCAUGGAGGUGGUCACGCCGUUGUGGUAAAGCAGGUUUAGAUUUGCCCACCAUAUUGAACUUUCUUGUAAUUGUAUGUGGAAAUCUUUCUAAUGUAUUCUUUUUGGUGAUGUUUUUUGCGUGUUUUUACUUGACUAUUUUUUUUAAAAGGCAGGAUGUGGUUCAUUUAUUUAUCUUGAUUGACAGCCAGGAAACACUUAUUAAACAGAUCCUUACAGCUGCGUGCUUUCUAAAACUGGUCCAAGUUAUUCACAUAGUUUAUGUUCAAGUUACUCUUGACAUGUUCAUCAUUGAUUGGGAACAACCAAGGGCAAAAAACUCCAUUCCUCAUCCACAACUGUUAAACAGUCCAGAAGAGGAGGAAAAAUUGAAAGGGGAGCAGCCAAUAAGUAUUUGGAGAACCUAUUUCAUUGCAAAUGAAUGGAAUGAACUCCAGACUUACAGAAAAAUAGAUUUAGGAUGCCAGUUGUUCUUGACACUCUUAUUUUUAAAAGUAAUUGGAUUUGAAAAUCUGGCUGCUGCUGAUCCUAACAGUAGUUUAUCUGUUAACAAUGGGAACUACAAUUCUCCCCAGAGUUAUGUGUGUAGAUUUGCUAUCAGUAUGUCAGUUUAUGUCAUUAUUGUUGCCGUGCAGUGGAUCUUUAGGGUUGUUUUCUAUGAACGCUAUGUUGAUAACAAGCUUCAGCAGAUUAUUGAUCUCUGUUCAAUUGCUAACAUAAGUAUAUUUAUUCUCGAGCACAAAAUGUAUGGUUAUUACAUUCAUGGUCGUUCUGCUCAUGGUUAUGCCGAUGUUGAUAUGCAGUGUAUUUAUGAACAAAUGAAACGAGAAGAAGAAGAUUUAUGUGGCCAUCGAGGUCUCGAACCUUCUAGCGAGUGUCAGACAUUUGAGGUAUCUAUUACUUACAAAUUUAGAGAGCAGUACGACACCAUUUUGCAGCCUGUACGUGGAUUUGCAGGGAUUAGAAACCCAGGAGGCCGGGGCAAAAUGAGAUCUGUAGAGAUGGAGCAAAGUUUCCAGGCACAUGAAACUAUGAAAAGAUUUUUUGGCAUGUUUCUUCAACAUGCUCUUAAAGAUUUAGAUUAUAUUGUCAAGGAAAAGUUCUUUCUGGAAAGUAUUUUGGAUGUCGAGUUUCAACAGGCUGAUGACAGAUGUGUCUUUUUUAGGGAUAAUAAUCAUGCUUUCGAUCGAGUUCUGUUUUAUGGACAUGAAAUAUCAUUCAUUUUGUUUGAAAUGCUACUUUUUACAUUUGUUGAUGUAGUUGCUUAUGAUUUUGUGCUGGCAGCAUUAGUGACUUAUAUAUUUUCAUAUUUGAUGAAAAAGGUCCGCAAUACAGGAGGGCGAAAAAAUGUGGUGCACAAAACCCUAGUUGAUCAGAGAUUUUUAAUUUAGUAAUGAUGUUGAAAAUUAGUCAAAAUAUUGUGUUGUAUUGAGCAGAAAAUGUGCAAAAUCCUUAAAAAUAUCUAAUUCAGUGGACCCCGGUUUACGAUAUUUUUUCAUUCCAGAAGUAUGUUCAGGUGCCAGUACUGACCGAAUUUGUUCCCAUAAGGAAUAUUGUGAAUUAGAUUAGUCCAUUUCAGACCCCCAAACAUACAUGUACAAACGCACUUACAUAAAUACACUUACAUAAUUGGUCGCUUUGGGAGGUGAUCGUAAAGCGGGGGUCCACUGUCUACUUGAUCUCAUACCUAUUUAGUUCAUAUCUUAGACACUAAUACCCAUGCAGCUUCUAUGAAAUUAAUCUUCAAGUUUUCACUUAGUCUUGAUAUCUGUUCAAUACAUAAGCAACAUUUCAGAGUCAUUAAUAUAAUGAAAAUAAAAAAAAUAAUGUUAGGACACUAAGUUAAAUUUACACUUUGUCUCAUUUUUCGAACCAUAUCAUGUUACAGUAAGAUGUUUUUUAAUCUUAUGACUAACCAUACCAUUGUCACCUGUAUAUUUAUAUAUACACAGGUUUGAACUGUGGACAGUGUAUGUACAGCUCACUUAGUCAUAUUAAGCACCUUUGGGUGGGGCCAGUAUUGGGUGGGUUACCAUGUAGACAAAGUCCUGACUUGGGCUCAGAGAAUCUCAGUAAGCACCAUGCUUCUUGUACAUCACAGGGAAAGACCAUCCCAUAUGACAAAAAAUGAUAUCUUUGAUAAGAUUAGUGGGAGCUUGAGAUUUUCUGCAUAGUUAUUUUAAUUUUUGUAGCUGUACAGUACCUGUACUGUAUAUUGAACCAGAAUUCAUAGUUAAUUUUUUUUAUGUCGCAGUGUAUAUUACACUAAACAGAGAUGAUGUAUACUGUAUGCACUUUACUGUGCUGAACCUCAUACUCUAAGCAAACCAGCAUGAAUAAUGUCAAAUUGCUCUAUAACAAUAUUGGUUUUCAGCUUCAUGGAAAACUGCAUCUUAAGACUAUGCUUCAGUGUUGGCUUAGUCUUUUUUUGUUAUUCUGGUCUCAAGUGCACCAGAAUAAUCUGCAAACAUGAAAAUAAAAAUGUAUGAUAAAUAUAAAAAUGAAAUAGGGGCAGUGUUCCAUCCAGUGUGCAUGAAAAUCAGAGUACCUUAGCACUUAAUACAUUUUUGUUUGCUUGGGAUAAGAUAUUUUUGUAAUACACGUAUACAGUAUUUGUAAAGAUUUUUUUCCGACAAACACAUUUAAAGGUAAAUAAUUAGGAACAUCUUUGUACAUUCCAUAUAGCAAAUUUCAUUGUUUUCAUUAUAGCCUAAAAGAAUUGUAUGGUACUAUGAAACAGCUGUUUUCAUCUCUAUCUUACGAUCAUUUUGACCUUUGCAAGAUUACAUUAAUCUAGCAUUACUGUACUGUGACAUCUUGCUUUUGUAAGAUGUGCAUUAUUUAGCUAAAUUGAAAUUUACAUCUCCCUUCCCAUGUAUAGUUCACUUCAAUUUAUUAUAAUUGUUACAAAAUAAAUACAUUAAUCAUAAGAGUUUUGGAAUUGUAUGAAAUAGAUUCCUAGCAUCAUAAAAUAAAUUUGUAUGUAGCAUUUAAUGGUAAUAUGGUAAUUGAUUGUAAUGUCAUCAUUGUUGUAUUAUAAUUGCAAAAUUGUAUAGUGAAUGCAUUUCUGUUU